AUGUCCUUCUGCAGAGUUACGGUUCGCUCGCCAGUGACAUCAUCCACAACGAUGUUGCGCUGUGUGAGAAAUCCCUACAAAACCCCGGCACAUCGCCUGUUCUCCUCGUAUGGAAAUGCCCACCGGUCUUCCAAGCGUGACAUGCAGACCGCUACUGCGUAUCGCCCGCAUUCCUUGCCGACCGCUUUUCCACCUCCCCGGAGCGGCGGAAGUUACGACACCUCUAUCUCAGCAGAUUUCCCUCCGCUCCGAGAGACAUCGGCACAGCAGCAAGGAAUCUUUUCACAUGUUAGCCUCCGAGAGAAUGAGGCACAGAAGUCCAAGCCCGUCGAAUCGACUUCUCCGAAACCCGCGGGAAAGCCUAGGAGGAAGCUACGUGCACGGAAAGCGGCCAUGAAAUUAACACCCGAGGCUAUCGUACAGCUUCGCAAGCUACUGUCUCAGCCGGACCCUAAAUUGAUCCGAGUUGGCGUAAAGAACCGUGGCUGCUCGGGCCUCGCCUACCAUCUCGAAUACGUGGAGAAGCCAGGUACCUUCGACGAGGUUGUGGAACAGGACGGCGUCAAGGUUUUGAUUGACAGCAAGGCGUUGUUCAGCAUCAUCGGUAGCGAGAUGGAUUGGCAAGAAGAUAAAUUGAGCAGGAGAUUUAUCUUCAAGAACCCAAAUAUCAGUAGCAACCAUCUACAUCUCGACUUGCUACUAUACGACACACUCGGGCCCUGCAAAUACCCAACGCUCGCGCAACCAUUGACCAUUUCAUGCCCCCCGUCGAUCAAUAAUUCAAUGAAGAAAAUGACAACACCAACAUUCUUAUCCCCGAAUCACAAUUCCGGGGAGGAUCCAACACCGGAACCUCUCCUCCUCACCAUCCGCUUCUCAGCCUCAAUCCCCGAUCUCCCACUCGAUGUUCUAUAUCCCGAAACAACCACAUCGGCAGGCCUAAAACAACUAAUCCGCACCCGACUCCCACCAAACCUCUCCUCUAACCGUCUCCGACUAAUCUACGCCGGCCGCGGUCUCGAAGACACCGUCCCACUUUCCGUCUCCCUAAAACUACCCCCCUCACCCUCCCGCUCACCUAGAUUACCCUCCGAUGAUGAAGACACCGAUCUCUCAAAGGGAAAGGGAAAGGGCAAAGCACCCAUCCGAGAACAACCCCGUCUAUACAUUCAUUGUUCGAUAGGCGAUAUCGUUCUUUCCGCUCCAGAUUUAGCGACAGAAGCAUCGUUGGCAUCUACGCUCCAGCAAGAGGAUCAAACACAGAAAGAUGGUGAUCAGUCAAGUCUGCAGAGUCAGCAGCAGCAGCAGAUGUCCUCGACAACGCCUGCGCCCCGUGGUUUUGAUCGGUUGUUGUCAGCGGGGUUUACCCCCGCUGAAGUGUCGGCGCUGCGGUCGCAGUUUAUGGCUAUCCAAUCUGUGUCGCGAACGCCAGAUACCAUGCCGAGUGGGGCGGAGUUGCGGGAGCUUGAGGAUCGGUGGAUGGACGAGGGUUCAUCGGCAAUGGCAGCUGGGGCUGGAGGGGCUGGAGAGGGAGCGGGCUUCACGGAUGAUGAUGGGGGCUUUGGGUCGGGGUCGCAAGGGGCUAUGGAUGAUAUGCUUUGGGGCGCCGUCAUGGGUUUCUUUUGGCCGGUGGGGUGUGCGAUGUGGUUGAGGCGGGAGGAGGGGGUUUGGAGCUGGCGAAAGGGUUUGGCAGUUUUUGUUCCUGCUUUUAAUAGAACAGGCCAUUGA